UAAAGAAUGUUAGUGUAUUUUACACAAGACCAUAUUUCUCAAAUUAUGUUCUGAAAUUCAGUUUUUUGGUUCGCACCUUCCGAACUUAGGUCUAGUAGUGUAAAAAAUGAUUUUCAUAUUUACAACGGCUGCGACAAAGUUGGCUGCUAAAAUGUGGGUUAAUUUAAUACCUUAGUAUUUAAAACGUAUGUUUUAUCAGCUGCAUUGUGGAGAUAAUGAGAGUCAUACUUGUAUUAUUACUAAGUGGAGCAUAGGAGUGGAAGUAACAGGUCGCCCAGCGUCUGAGCGAAAUGGAUAGCAGUGCCACCAUAUCAGUAGGUACACGUCCAAAAUCAAUCAAUGGGAUAGCGAUCGGCUGUUUUAGGGAUGAGCGUUGGAGAUUAAGUUCAUUUAGAAGUUUUGAUUGGAGUUCAAAGAAUUCACCAACUUUAUUGGCGCAAGAAGGGUUUAUGUACAUCGGAUCUGAUGGGUGCGGGGAGGGGCAGGUGAUGUGCUACUUCUGCUGGAACCUAUAUAGUUUGAGUUGUAACGUGCUGGAAGAACACCAAAAGUGCAGAGAUUGCCCAAUGCUGACGGGGAUUUCCUGUAAAAAUAUUCCCUUUAACGGAACGCAAGUGGAAGAACAGAAAGAGCAGAAACCUACAAGUAAACCUAACUUGAAACCUACAAGUAUACCUAACUUGAAACCUACAAGUAUACCUAACUUGAAACCUGCAAGUGAACCUACCCUGAUGACUGAAGCUAAUUCAGACCUAGAGGAACCGAAGAAACUGUGUGAACCGACCUCAGAGAGUCCAGCGAUACCCACGCGUGAAGAGUGUUACACGGUUUCUCUAAACGCUGGACGUGAAAACUGUAGCUCCCCCAACGCCAGUGUGAAGACGGAGAAAGUUCAGGAUCUCACGACUACAACUCACACCGAGACAGACUAUACAGCCCAAGACAAUUUGACAUCCACGAAUAAUCCUGCCAAAAUAUUUAGAGAAAUUGACGAAGAUUCGACUGCUACAUUUCAUAUUGACAAUCAUGUGACGGGUAGUAAUUUAAUGUGCAAUCGAAUGACAACCACAGUUGAUUCUACCUCAGUGUGCGAGGCUCAGGAAUUUAAAACUGAUUUUGCUCAUUUCUACCCUGUGGAUGCUACUGCUCAAAAUGUAUCAGCUAUUGCUGAUACAGCUCUAGAUAUAAAUACCUCAAACACUGCUCAAACUGAAAGAUAUUCAACAACUACUUCCUACAAUAGUAAAUCUGUGACUGCCACUUUUUCUUGUACAGAUUUGACUCCUCAAUCGAAUACUGCUCACAAUUGUAAAUCUUUAAAUGGUUCUGAACAUACAUGUACAGUUCCUGAUAGUACUUCUUCAGAUUAUACUGUCUCUGUAGAGUCUCGUAUUAACCGUGCAAUGUCUGAAGCUUCAGCUAAAGGAUUGAGUGUUGCAAUGUCUGAAGAUUCAUCUAUAGGAUUAAGUGUUGCAAUGUCUGAAGAUUCAGCUAGAGGAUUGAAUGUUGCAAUUUCUGAAGAUUCAUUUAUAGGAUUAAGUGUUGCAAUGUCGGAAGAUUCAUCUAUAGGAUUGAAUGUCGCAAUGUCUGAAGCUUCAAAUAGAGGAUUGAAUGUCGCAAUGUCUGAAGCUUCAACUAGAGGAUUGAAUGUCCCCCCUGCCAAUGUCCAAAGAUGUACAACUCCUGGUGCUGCCUCUCGUGUGUAUGAUGUCACUGACGGCAGUGCUGAUCCUCCAUGCAUCCACCCCAACCGUCAAAACGAACAUGUAGCAAGAUCUGUCCAACAUAGAAUAUCGCCGGGGAUAUCUGCAUCACGUGACAAUGCAAGGCGAGCUGAUGCCCACGGUCGACGUUUCUUUCAGUACACUCCAUCAACCAAAGAUACUUACGUCAUAUCUACAGAUAAUUCAGAUGUCGUUCUAAAUUCUCAUGCAACAUCUUCGCCUUUAACGUCGCCGGCCUUAUUUGCAGCACAAUCCAAUGCAGCUUUGUACUCAUCCAACUCUACGAACAACAACGAGCCGAUUCGACUAUCUGACGAUCAAGAUGUUUGGUCUAUUGUGUCUAUAGCACAAGUUCCAAUAAGGGAACAUGCCUCAGCAGCGGUGCCAAAUACUCCGCAUGUCAAUGGAUCAUCUAGCGUAGAGGCAGCGAGCAGUAGUACAUCCUUCAGUUGUGGAGUUUCCGGUCAAAAUCCAACCAAUAUGACACUGCGAACUCUAGAAGCGGUGAAGUAUCGGGAUCUGGGAGCAGUUUCUGUGCCGCGAUGGGAUACCCAGUUGGCGUUGGCGGAUAGUCGUCGCGAAACUUUAGUAAACUUACAAAACUACUCAGAACAGGACAAAACAAUAUUGGCAAAUGCGGGAAUAAUGAGGAUACGUCAGAAACUACGCUGUUACUGGUGUAACUGUAAACUAGAAAUUGCCUCGGUGUCUGAUGUAAAAUUAAACCACUCGACCAAGUCUCCCGCUUGCAGGUUUUCGGAGGAUCUGUUUUGUGCUACUACAACAAGUGAUGAAACUGAGAAUCUUAGUACAAGAUUUGACCCAUCGAGCCAUCAAACAUGUGAUAUUGACCCUGUGGUUCUCGCGUUACUGGAACAAGGAUACACUGAAGAUGACGAUGUAAAUGCAAUGGAAAGCAGCUUUACAACAGCGAUAGAACAGAUGGCAGAGAAAAACGAACAAUUGAGAAAGAGGAUGGUCUGUAAAAUUUGCUACGAGAACAAGAUGAAUGUGCUGUUGCUGCCCUGUGGUCAUCUCGUUGGUUGCCUGAUCUGUGUUGCACGUCUAGAGACAUGUCCAGUUUGCCGAUCAAAAUUUCAAUGGCGUGUUUUAGUAAACAUUCCCAAAUAAUAAAAGAAUUUGUCAUAAAUACCAAAUAAAAAAAUUUGUAAAAUUUAAUAUAAUCAAUUAUAUACUUUGAAAAAAAAUCUAUUGGAAUUAAUGUUAUUAAAAUUGUUUUAAAAUUCAAUUCAAUUGUGAAAGUUAUGUUUACAAUUUGUCUUAAGUGGAUAA